AGCAAUGCCUUUUACUCGAUCUGUAACAUAAUACACACACAAAUGAUUUUGUGAGACAAAUGCAACAAAGCCUUAAAACUGAUUGAAUAAUUCUGGAGGCAGCAGGUAAAGGUGAGAUAAAUGUAUGUUUCUACUGUAAACUCAAACUUGUCUUUGACCUGUCGUAAAGCAAAUGGAGAGAACCACUCCCCUCUUUGCAAGACAAAGUUCAGAUCUGACAGUCUGGCAAGUUAUUUCCUGGCUCCUCCCAUUUAAAGGUCAAGGCUUGGUAGAAUUGCUGUGCUGUAAAGAGCAGGAAGUGACAACUGCUGACAACGCAGAGCAGCGAGGAAGAAACAUGGAUUCAUCUAAAUAUUCUUGUUCCAUCUGUUUGGACCUUCUGAAGGAUCCGGUGACUAUUCCCUGUGGACACAGCUACUGUAUGAACUGUAUUAAAGACUUCUGGGAUGCAGAAGAUCAGAGGGGAAUCUACAGCUGCCCUCAGUGCAGGAAGGAGUUCAAACCGAGGCCUGAACUGGUGAAAAAUGUCAUGCUGUCAGAGUUGGUGGAGGAUCUGAAGAAAACUGGACUCCAAGCUGCUCCAGCUGAUCACUGCUAUGCUGGACCUGAAGAUGUGGCCUGUGAUGUCUGUACUGGGAGGAAGAUGAAAGCUGUCAAGUCCUGCUUGUUCUGCUUGAUAUCUUAUUGUGAGAAUCACCUCCAACCUCACUAUGACAUCCCUGGAUUGAAGAAACACAAACCGGUGAACCCCUCCAGGAACCUCCAGCAGAACAUCUGCUCUUGUCAUGAUGAGGUGAUGAAGAUCUUCUGUCGUACUGAUCAACAGUGUAUCUGUUAUCUCUGCACUAUGGAUGAACAUAAAGGCCAUGAAACAGUCCCAGCUGCAGCAGAAAGAGAUGAGAAGCAGAAGAAGCUCCAGAAGUGUCAACAACAAAUCCAUCAGAGAAUCCAGGACCGAGAGAAAGAUGUGAAGCUGCUUCAACAGGAGGUGGAGGUCAUCAAUCGCUCUGCUGAUAAAACAGUGGAGGACAGUGAGAAGAUCUUCACUGAGCUGAUCCGUCUCCUCCAGAAAAGAAGCUCUGAUGUGAAGCAGCAGAUCAGAUCCCAGCAGGAAACUGAAGUGAGUCGAGUCAAAGAUGUUCAGGAGAAGCUGGAGCAGGAGAUCAGUGAGCUGAAGAGGAAAGACGCUGAGCUGGAGCAGCUCUCACACACAGAGGAUCACACCCAGUUUCUCCUCAACUACCCCUCACUGCCAGCACUUGGUGAGUCGACUCACUCAUCCAGCAUCAACAUCCGUCCUCUGAGACACUUUGAGGACGUGACAGCAGCUGUGUCAGAGCUCAGAGACAAACUACAGGACGUCCUGAGAGACUCAUGGACAAACAUCUCACUGAUGGUCACUGAGGUGGAUGUUCUACUGUCAGAACCAAAACCAAAGACCAGAACUGAAUUCCUAAAAUAUUCACAAGAAAUCACUUUGGAUCCAAACACAGCAAACAGAUUUCUUUUAUUAUCUGAGGACAACAGAAAAGUAACGAGGGUAGAAAAACAACAGUUUUAUCCUGAUCAUCCAGACAGAUUUGCUGUUUCUUUUCAUGUCCUCAGUAGAGAGAGUCUGACUGGACGUUGUUACUGGGAGGUGGAGAGGAGAGGAAGAGGAUUUAUGAAAGGAGUAGUUUAUGUAGCAGUUUCAUACAAGAACAUCAGAAGAACAGGACAAUCAGAUGAAUCUAGGCUUGGAUUUAAUGACAAAUCUUGGGCAUUACGUUGUGACAGUAAAGGUUACACAUUCUGGCACAACAAAGUAAGUACUUCCAUUAAAAGUCCAGUUUCCUCCAGAAUAGGAGUGUACCUGGACCACACAGCAGGUAUUCUGUCUUUCUACAGCAUCUCUGAAACCAUGACUCUCCUCCACAGAGUCCAGACCAGAUUCACUCAGCCGCUUCAUGCUGGGGUCUGGCUGUUUAAGCCUGGAACCUCUGCUGAGUUUAUCAAUAUUAAAUAGAGUAACUGAACAUACAUAAUAAAACUCUUUCCUAUUCAAAAUAUCUCCUCUAAACGGUUUUACAGUAAGUAUCCAUUCACCCAAAGUCACACUGAGACUUGGUGGGGAGGAAGCUGGAAUCAAAGCCAGUUUUUCCAAGUUACCCAACAUAACAUCUGUUCUCAUCCUGAUGACAAGGCAGAGCAAUUAAUAUUCACAAAAUUUAUAUGAAUAUUA